GGCCCAACUGGAUGUGCAUUUCCUGUUUAUUUCAGCAAUCUCCACUAAAUCAAAGAAUUAAAUCAGUGACUAUAUCUAGAUCUAGUCUUUAAGCCUUGUUUUAUUGAUGUGCUCUCAGGGUCCACAGGGAAUUCGAGGUGCCACUGGUAUGAUUGGUACCAAAGGAAAAACUGGGACUCGAGGUGUUGACGGAGACCCAGGCUCUCAGGGUGUUGCAGGGGCGAUAGGGGAUCGAGGCCAAAGAGGAGGAAUGGGAGAAACUGGCCCUAAAGGUGAACAGGGACCUCAAGGGCUGAGAGGCAAUACUGGUCUUCCAGGUCCGAAGAGGGAGGCAGUGGGUUGCCAGGUGUGGAUGGACGUGAGGGAAUCCCUGGCAUGCCAGGGUGCCGCCGGAAAACCUGGAAGCCCUGGGGAAGCUGGCCUUGGUCCUAAAGGUGACUUGGGCUUUCUUGGACUUCCAGGACCACCAGGCCUGUCAGGAAUAAAAGGAGAUAGGGGUGACCCUGGCCAACCUGGAGCAAAAGGAGAAGGAGGUAACCAGGGGGAUCCGGGUAACAGAGGACCAGAGGGUGCCCAUGGCCAGCCUGGCAUUGAGGGGCCUCCUGGUAGUCCUGGACCACGUGGCAUGCAGGGGAACAGAGGAGCUCCAGGAACUCGUGGCACCCAGGGACCAGUGGGUAAAGAACCAAGUGAUCAACACAUCAGACAAGUGUGCAUGCAUGUUAUGCAAGAGCAGUUGGCCCAACCGGCUGCCAGUCUGAGGAGACCAGAGUCUGGCGCGGUCGGACUGCCAUGGAGACCCGGUCCCCCUGGUCCUUCUGGACCCCAAGGUGACAGUGGCUUUCCUGGGCAUGCUAGUGCUAGAGGGCUCCCGGGACUCAAAGGGCCUCUGGGUCUUAUUGAAAGGUGAACCUGGAAAACCAGGAUACGGUCAAGAUGGGCGUGGGACCAGGUGGAAACUAAAAACAUCACUGUUCUGGACAUUCAGAGAGACUCCACUAUCCAGCUCUGCAGAAAGCACAAAACAUUAUUGGCUUUGCAGAUAACACUUUGCCAACUUCCUACAGUAUGUACAGAAAACUGCAAAAUCUCUUGAUCCAAACCAAUAAGACACGUUUUUCAUUCACCUUAAGUUAUCUGUUGGUGAAAUCAACUUUAACAGAACUUAUUUUGCAUCUGAUGUUCUUCUGAAAGCCAUUUCCUGUAGACUUUAGAAGCUGUUUUUUCUCAACUCGUACUAAAUCUGCUCUAGGAAGUGAACAAACAUCAAUGUGGCCUUCAGACCGGAGGCCUUUUUAAUUUCUGUGUGCCAAAGAUAAACCUGCCAGAAAUAUUGAUGGUGCUGGAAGUUCAUAACUGAAACGGCUGCCAGAGACCCGCUGUCAGAAACCAAAAGGAGAGAGGAUAUAUGUAGAUAUGCUGCAAUAUAUUCUGUACAUCUAUGUAAAUGAUUUAAAAGUGGUUUUGUAAGAAAUUCACUCCCCGCUAAAGAGUAUUGGUGAUUUAUUAUUCUAGGACUGUGGGCGGGAAGGCGUUGCAUACACACGAGAUAAAUGCAGAUGUGUCGUUUCAUGGUAUUUUUAUUUAUUUUACAUAGGUGUUGGAUGACGAUAAACUUUGUACAAACACAUUUCGUUUGCUCUUUCACUGUAUCAGGGGUGGCAAACUCAAUUCCUGGAGGGCCGGAGCCCUGCAGAGUUUUGUUCCAAUCCUGCUCCAACACACAUACCAUGUAGUUUUCAAAUAAGCCUGAAGGACUUGAUUAGUUGGAUCAGAUGUGUUUAAUUAGAGGCAAAUCUGAACUCUGCAGGGCUCUGGCCCUCCAGGAAUUGAGUUUGACACCCUUGGUGUAGAUGCUAAUUUAAAUGCUGGCAAACUGAACUUUGCAAUUAUUCAGUAACAAAAUCAAGCCAGGAAGAUUUUAAGUAAGAAUUACAUAAAAUGGCAUUCACUUCAAUUAAAACUUUGAACAUCAGUACAGACUAGACAAUGUUUAAGCAUGAAGUGAAAGCAAGUUUAAAAAUUAAGUUAUUUAAAUGUUAAUUAAAAAGAGAAAUUUAAUACAUAAAGUGGCCUCAAAGAGCAUUUGGAUACUUUAGACAAUAUUUAGACACAUGCAAUAGCAUUAGAGAGAGAGAGAGAGAGAGAGAGAGA